AUGUCUAUUGAAGAGAAUAUCACUCCAUCGGAAGUUCGCAAUCGCCUGCGGGAAUAUCUAGAUCAUAACUUAGCUCAACGUCUGCAAGACGAAGAGUUCAAUAGACACUAUGCUAUGAAUAGAACUGAAAGAAGUACUGUUGGAGGUGAUGUGAAAAUCAGUAAAGCUCAACAGAGACUCGAAGAUGAAUUGGCCAUUCAACAACGACGCCUGGCGAAUCAGACAAUAACCGAUUCUGAUGAAGCCUUGGCGCGUCAAAUUUAUGCUAAAUAUGCCGAAGAUGAGGAACGAGCACGCAAUCAUUUGAAUCUGCAGUUGCGUCAAGAUGAGGAACUUGCCAUGAGAAUAAGCAAAAACGAAACGAAAACUCCUCCAUCUACUCCUAGUGAAGCCACCUUAAUUGAUCUCGACUCGAAUGGACAGCCUCUCUUCCAACCGGUUGCUAACCGAGACAUGAAUCCAUUUUCAACAGCUAUGCCUUCUACCAGUACACAAUCUACUCUGCUAGAACAUGGAAUACCACUGCCAGGCCUUACUGAGAAUGUAACUAGAAGUCGUUCUACAACUGUUGAUUCUCUCGAUGAUCCUCUUCCAACACCACCAUCAUUCAUUUUCGAACACACCAACCAACCACCUUCUGAACAAUCUGCACCAGAACAAACCUUGGUUGCACAGGAUGUAGGAUGGAGUGCAAAUGUUCCACUUCUACCUAGUAAUCCGUUUUACCAAGAUGUAGUACAGGCUAUGAAUGCCUUACCAUUGAACAGCUUUAGUAAUCAUGAAACAAACCCAGUUACUCAAACAAGGAAUGUACAGUCCCAUAGACCUUUAACCCCCAAUAACUCCUUAGCAGAUCCAUCAUUGUACACUCUUCAUAAUAAUAACCAAGCGACUGCUUCGUCAUCAUUGCCUCAGCAAUUAACUGAACUGGAGCAGAACCAGUAUGUACCAUACAUUCCCAACCUGGGAACACAUCAUCAACAACAAUGA